CGGCCCCCGCCUGGCCGGCAGCGAGGGGCCCCGCCGGGCCGGGCCGGGCUGUGCUGCCCCGCUCCGCUCCGCCCCGCGCUGGAGCCAUCGCGCCUCCCUGCCCCAGGUGCUCGGGAGCGCGGCUCAGACGCUGGAACCCCUCACUGUUCCCCAUCCCUCCUCCUGGCCCCGCGGAGCGCGGCGUGGAAGUGUCGGUGCUCGGCCAGAAUAACCAACCAUGACUACAGAAUCGGGAUCAGACUCCGAGUCCAAGGAUAAAGAGCAGGAUCAGGAGGAGAGCCCUGCUCAGGAAGGGGCGGCAGAGACCCAGCCUCAGGAGCAGCAGCCACAGCAGCCUCAGCAGCCGCCGCAGCAGCCGAGUGAGGAGCAGCAGACCGCGCUCGAGCAGUUCUCGGCCGUGGCAGCGCACAGCACGCCCGUCAGAAAGGAGCAGGCUACAGAGAAAGAACAGGAGUUUGCUGCUGCGAGUGCAAAACAGUUGGAAUAUCAGCAGCUAGAGGACGACAAGCUCUCUCAAAAAUCUUCAUCUAGCAAACUUUCCAAGUCUCCUCUAAAGAUCGUCAAGAAACCGAAAAAUAUGCAAUGCAAAGUGACGCUCCUGGAUGGAUCGGAGUAUGCCUGUGAAGUAGAGAAACGUUCCAGAGGUCAAGUGCUAUUUGACAAAGUGUGCGAGCAUCUGAACCUUUUGGAAAAAGACUACUUUGGACUAACAUACAGAGACACAGAAAACCAAAAGAAUUGGUUGGACCCUGCCAAGGAAAUCAAGAAGCAGAUCCGAAGUGGUGCUUGGCAGUUUGCAUUUAAUGUGAAAUUCUACCCUCCAGACCCUGCCCAGCUAUCUGAGGACAUUACCAGGUACUACCUCUGCCUGCAGCUGAGAGAUGACAUCGUUUCGGGCCGGCUGCCCUGCUCCUUCGUCACGCUGGCCCUGCUGGGCUCCUACACCGUGCAGUCGGAGCUCGGCGACUACGACCCCGACGAGUACGGCAGCGACUACAUCAGCGAGUUCCGCUUCGCACCCAACCACACCAAGGAGCUGGAGGACAAAGUGAUCGAGCUGCACAAGAGCCACAGGGGAAUGACACCUGCAGAAGCUGAGAUGCAUUUCCUGGAGAAUGCCAAAAAACUAUCAAUGUAUGGAGUAGAUCUCCAUCAUGCCAAGGAUUCCGAAGGAGUGGAAAUCAUGCUAGGAGUCUGUGCAAGUGGACUCUUAAUAUAUCGAGACAGACUCAGAAUAAAUAGAUUUGCCUGGCCAAAGGUUUUGAAAAUUUCCUACAAGAGGAACAACUUCUACAUCAAAAUCCGACCAGGGGAGUUUGAGCAGUUUGAAAGCACUAUUGGGUUUAAGUUGCCAAAUCAUCGUGCUGCAAAGCGCUUAUGGAAAGUGUGUGUUGAACACCAUACAUUUUUCAGGCUCCUGCUGCCAGAAGCACCUCCAAAGAAGUUCCUCACGUUGGGCUCCAAGUUCCGCUACAGCGGCCGGACGCAGGCGCAGACGAGAAGAGCCAGCGCCCUCAUAGACCGUCCUGCCCCUUACUUUGAGCGCUCCUCCAGUAAACGUUACACCAUGUCUCGCAGCUUGGAUGGGGCAUCAGUGAAUGAAAACCAUGAAAUGUACAUGAAGGAUUCUGUGUCUGCUGCAGAGGUUGGUACUGGCCAGUACGCCACAACAAAGGGCAUCUCUCAGACCAACUUGAUAACCACUGUGACUCCAGAGAAAAAGACAGAAGAGGACAAAGAUGAUGAAGAGGGCAAAAAGAAGAGAGCAGAGGAAGUCACUCCGAUUUCAGCAAUACGCCAUGACACCAAGCCAUCUUUGCUUGGCACUGACUCCCACCACUCCUCGCCAUCCUCUCAGCCUGGCCCCCAUGUAUCUUCAGCAAAGCUUCGCAGGAGAUGCAAGGAGAGCACUCGGACAAAGUCCUUAGGCUGUGAGGCCCCCAAAGAGAGCGCUCCAAAGCACAGCGAGUCGGAGCCAGACUCUGACAGAAAGGGGCGAGUUUGCUCCGCCGAGCAAGACGUGGCUUUUGGCUACAAGCAAAAAGCCGGCAAAGGCGGAACACUGUUCUCCUUCUCCUUGCAACUUCCAGAGUCAUUUCCUUCCCUCCUGGAUGACGAUGGCUACCUGUCGCUCCCUAACCUCUCCGAAACCAACCUUCUGCCUGCCAGUGUGCAGCACUACCUCCCCAUCCGCUCCCCCUCCCUCGUGCCUUGCUUCCUCUUCAUUUUUUUCUUUCUGCUCUCUGCCUCUUUCUCAGUGCCAUACGCCCUCACUCUCUCCUUUCCUCUGGCUAUGUGCCUCUGCUACCUGGAGCCCAAGGCGGCCUCCUUGAGUGCCUCACUUGCCAAUGACCUGAGUGACAGUUCAGAGGAAGAGACUGACAGUGAGCAGACGGACACUGCGGCUGAUGGUGAGACCACUGCCACCGAGUCGGAUCAAGAGGAGGACGGAGAUCUAAAGGCACAGAAUAGUCUGAUUAAGCGAAUACAGGGUGAAAAUGUGUAUGUCAAACAUAGUAAUCUUAUGUUAGAGGAUCUAGACAAAACCCAGGAAGAUCUGAUGAAACAUCAGACCAAUAUAAGCGAGUUGAAACGCACCUUCUUGGAAACCUCCACAGAAACGACUGUGUCUAAUGAGUGGGAGAAGAGGCUUUCCACAUCUCCCGUUCGGCUUGCAGCAAGGCAGGAGGAUGCUCCUAUGAUUGAACCACUAGUGCCUGAAGAGACCAAAGAAGAAACAGAAAAAUCAGAAAAACUCAUAAUUUUGCAGAAGGGAGGUACUACAUUCCUUGAAAUGCAGCCAAGUGUGAUAGAGAAGAAGCUGCAGGAAGGAGAAUCUGCUGGCACUUUGGUUACUUCUCAUCAAAUCAUUAUCCAGAAAAGUAUCCCAUCAUCCCUAGAGGGCACUGAGGAUUGGGUUAUUAUAGAGAAAAUACCCUCUGAGGUAGUUGAUGGUGAAUCGGAAAAAAAUCUGGCAUACAAAGUAGUGACUGUGAGCAGUAAAACUGCCUUUCCACCUGAGAUAUUAAAAUCCAGUACCGUUCUAAUGCAGAGCUUUGAGGACUUGGAAAGUGAAAUACAAUCCAAUGAGGAGAAUAAGCAGAAAAUGUUCACCCUAGGAAAGUCCUAUGAUACCGUAUCUGGGAAAAUUGUAACCAUGACAAGUAAAGCUAAAGAGGGCGAGAAAGCGGUACAGCCUUCAGGAGAAACUUUGCAAAAACUGGAAAGGGAAGUUCAAGAGUCUGUGAAAACCGUUCCAAUAGUGGCCAAGUAUGAAGUCCUCAAGCCUGUCAGUGAUGAGAAAGCCAGGCGGGGAUCUGAUGUGCAGAGCACAAGAAGAAAGCUCUCUGACUCUCUGACACCCAUAAAGGAAGCAGAAUCUCAGUUGCAAAGUCCUGAAGAGGAGAGUUUGAAAAAGACACUAAGGAUGGACCAGGAUUUGAAGUUACUUGGUACACUGGAAAGCUUACAGCUUGGCAAAGCAGAAAAGCAUCUUGGUGGAGAAGCUGUAAAAGCAGGGGCGUUUGCCCGGACAGAUAAGAGCCUGUCUGAGUGGAGAUAUUCCAGAGAACAGCCAUUUACCAUUGCUACUGCUCACUAUGUUACUGAGUCGUCUGCAUCAAGAGUAGUGACUAAACAGUCCACCAGUGAAAAAACCUUGGAUGGUUCAGAUAUCUUCACUUUAAUAGAGUCCGCCAGAAAACCAACUGAGUUCAUAGGAGGGGUUACUUCUACUUCCCAUACCUGGGCUCAGAGAAUAGACACGACGACGUCUCAGGAGAUAACUUCCAGUGACAUGAAGCAAGCAGUUCAGCCGGAUCAGGAUACAGUGCAGAAGGUUGUACAGGAGACUGUAGUUGUCAAGGAGAGACAUGGGAUGGAGGUGCAUGCAGGCGGGGAUCCUGCUAAAGUGGCCGGACUUACGCUGGAUGCCCAGGCUGAGGCAGCGUCGGCGGUGGCUGCCGGCGUGAAAGGGAAGGAGGGCUCUGCUGGGACUGAGGGGGCCAAGGAGGAAAAAAGGGAGGAGGCUGGGAAAGCCCUAACCAAACAGGAAGGAGUCGCUGCCGCUGCUUCGUGUGAGCAGGCGGAGGAGCACAGAACAACAGUCCAACUUGCAGAGUCUUUGGAAAGAAAACCUCAUUUUGAGUCACCAGUUGUGAAGACUGAGACUAUAAGUUUCAGCAGUGUUCCCACUGGUGGGGAAACCCUUGAAAUUUCAACAAAGGAAGUGCCAGUAGUCCAUACAGAAACAAAAACCAUUACAUAUGAGUCCUCUCAGGUGGAUUGUGGUGCUGACUCUGAACCAGGUGUAUUGAUGAGUGCACAAACGAUCACAUCUGAAACCACCAGCACUACAACUACUACACAUAUCACCAAAACUGUGAAAGGAGGCAUCUCAGAGACAAGAAUUGAAAAACGAAUAGUCAUCACAGGAGAUGCAGAUAUUGAUCAUGAUCAGGCGCUGGCUCAGGCAAUUAAAGAAGCCAAAGAGCAGCACCCUGACAUGUCAGUGACCAAAGUAGUGGUACAUAAAGAGACAGAAAUCACACCAGAAGAUGGAGAGGAUUGACCACAGGAAUAACCUAGAAUGCAUAUGAAUCCAGACAUGCAUACCAGUAGGAAUACGAGAACCUAUACGGAGUCUCAGUUCCAACCUGACUGACUUGUAUCUGUCUAUGGAAAAUUUCAGUACAGAAGAAUUGAUCUUGACCGUUAAUAAAGAAACUGGCAGAGAUACCUUCCCAUAGAAAGCAAUCUGAAUCAGCAGCAGUUAAACAAUAUUGCAUGAAGCAACAAUAAAAUUACAGAAAAGCAGCAUUUUUAAUUUUCUUAAAAUGUCUAAGUUUUCAGCUUUACCUGCACGUUCAUAAACAAUAUAAACAGUGAUCUCAUGUAACACAUAAACAGUUCAUGCCUUUCACAGUUUCUGAAAGUCUAAACAAAUUAAAAUUUGUUAGGUGGCAAGCCUUUUGUUUACGAAUAUUGUAAAUGAAGAUUACCCCGAAAAUGCUAGAAGCUGUAUAGGUACUGUGUAUAAUGUUUUACCACACAUUAGAUGUGCCAAUAACAGUUUAUUCAGUAAACAACUUGAAUCUUAUAUUUGUUUCAUCUGGUUUUAUUACUGCCCGAUAAACAAUGAUGAAUCUUUACUCUUAUCAAAACAUAUAAUGCUUACAAAGUGUGCUUUGUAUACCUGACUGAAUACCUUAUGAGGUAGUAAUGAUUUUAGUAUAUUAACUUCAAUGAUUUUUGUCAGCAUUGUUCAGAGUCAGCUUCCAGUCACCCUUCACAGAUCCUAACCUUGUAAAUUAUAUGUAGUUAUUUUGGAGAAAAAAAAAUCUGUAUUUUACUUAGUUUGCAGCUUUAGAAGAUUAUUAAUCUGAAAUAACCGUGAUGGUUUUCUAUUGAUUUCCCUUUUGUUCUCAGAGAAAAAAAAAAAUCUGUUUGAGAAUCUGGUCAGCAUUUACUAUCUAGUUCUGAGUCAAGCCUUAACCUGUACAGAACGUCCACUGAAAACUCGCUAGUGUCCAGCUCUAAUACCCACGGAAGGGAUAGCAUCCAUUACACUGUCAGCUGCAUCACAACACAUGGUGAAUGUAUGUUUCUGCAUAGUGAAAUAAAAGUGGUAAAUGCAUCUGAUAUCGUAUUGUUCUGUGUCUAAAAGCACCUAGUGUUCUUUAGUAUUCAAAACAUCGAAAUGUUAUGUUUGUAAGACACCACAGGUUUCACUCAUGUGCACAGUAGAUGUGUUUUGUCUUCAGUGGCUGACACUGCACUGUGCAGACAGUGGGAGUUAGCGGAGAAUCCAAAGGGAUGACAGUGUUCACCUUUGGGCAAAUGAUGUUUGCAAAGGAAAAGGACUGUUUGGUUCCUUCUGUUUUCUGUAGUUGUAUAACAUUUCACCGAAGCUAAAUGAAGAAUUUUGUUGUUGCUUAGAAAGUAAAGGCCAGUAGCGCUUGAUCCAGAUCCACUCUCUUUUUCUCUUGUUUGUACUUUGGCUCUGAAACAUGGAUAAAAUUCUCUUUAAAGCAGUAUUACUUAUUGGUUCCUUUCUUUUUUUUUUUUUUACAUCUUUGCUGCAUCUCACUGACACUCCCCUGGUAGUUUAAGAGAAAUUUGUAAGGAUUAGUUCACCCUUGAAUCUCUAUUUCCUUGCAGGAUUGAAAGGCAGUGGGUACAAGCAGACUUUUCAGGACAUAAAGGGCCAAAUUUGCCCUUCGUUGUUUACACGGGGCUCCCUCCCAUUGAAGUCAAUGGAUUUGCCUUCAGUGGAGAGCAGGAUUUGACCCAGUGACUUGUUAAUAAAUGUUUAUUUUCAUAAUUUAGAAAGAAAAAUAGUAUAUAUAGAGAGAAUAACCUGUAGAUAAUAAUUAAAAGUAAUAUCCCAAGGCUUUUAAAGCUUUGCCCUUAGUCUCCAAAACAUCUUCCUUCCACCAGCCAUUCUUCAUGCCUUUAAAUCUGGAGUGCUAACGAUGUAACCCCUCCCUGCCCCGCCUCAUUGUUACCUCUCGCCUAAUGACCAAGCAAAACUGACAGUCUGUUGUGAUAUUUGAUGGCCCUCUCCUCAUCCUCCUCCUCCUCCUAGCCCAAGACCAUGUCUGUUCUCAUCCCCCUGAGUGAGAGUAGGCUCAGCUCUCUGGUGCUGCUGGUGCCCAGCGGCGGUCGGGGUGGAGGAGGUCCUCACCCCAUCUUGGCCGGUGGCACACCAGGUCCUCACUACCACAUCAGGAGUUUAAAAACAGACUCUGAAGCCAUACCGAUCCUCCUUCAGGUGCCCCUCAUGUUGUCAGCUAGGAAACAGCAUUGUAUUACCUCAGAGAGACAUGAGGCCAUCGCACAGCCUUCUCUCCAGAGUUAGCAUUAUAUUUUAGCAUGGCUUGAGGAGAUUGUACUCUGGUGAUCCUGCACAGUAUGUACGCUGUCUAAAGAUGUUGCAUUGUAGGAAGUUAGUCUCCUUGGAAAGGACACUCACCACUAAGAUACCGCCUAAGCGCAUAUAAACUAUGAGGAGAUGAGAGUGGACAGGCAAGGACAUCUCAGUGCCACUGUUGGUAGUAGACCCUUGUUUGGGGGAUGGUUCCUGGAAGUUAUAGCUUUGGUUUUUGUUAGAAACUGUUUCUUGGGUUGUCUGCCUAAUGCUGUGCCACAUGAAAUAAAGAGCACCUGCCUGUUUCUACCAACCAUC